GCUCAUUUGUCGCGAAUAUUCAAAAUGGCGGAAAAGUACUUCUACGACGCUGUCGUGGCCGUAAACAACGAUAACUUGGAUAGGCGUAAGAAACAUCACAAACAUCACCACAGUGAUAAAACUCGUCACGCGGUCGGCUACAGCACCCACUCUCAUCCAUACCCCGUUCACGAAGACCGUCACAUCCAUGGUUCAAAACACAGAUCUCACAGGUCCAGAGACUACACAGAGUACUACCAUGAUCGCCAUGAGCGGCACCGCCACACCGAACAUAAAAAACGAACAUCUGAGCAUUUAGAUGAACGAUCGCAUCACGACAAGCGACCGUCAUCAGAAAAGAAAAAGUCCCACAAACCACUCGAGCACUCACUGUCACACGGGUCGGAUAUAGAUGAGGGUGCACUGAAGCUAGAAGAAAAUGAAGAAGACGAAGAGAGUAUCAUCCGACAGCGCCGUCUGGAACGCCAGCGUCUACUGGAGAAACUCGCAAAGGCUGUACCAAAUCAAGUAGCGUGUUUCGAAACAUCUAAAUCCCAAUCUACGCUAUCCCAUACUGACGGUCUUGCCGAUUUUGUUUCCGAAAUAGAUACGGAAACCUUCGACUUCGAUCGCGUAAUGGAGGACAAGCGAAAGUGCUCUCAUGCCGUCGGUCACUCCCCUGCGGAUUCGGAGAAUUCACCCAGUGGACGUUUAUCCGGUGCGGAGGCUCCGGCUGCCCGCGCUCUACUUGGUGAUAGGAAGAAAAGGAACAAUCCUUUCGCGGUCAGUCAGGUGGAAGAUCAGGUUGGUGAUAAGAAGCCCAUAACUUUUGACAUGUUUGCUGACGAAGUUGAAGUUAGUGCUCAAGAUGCUCCGGGCACUAUGGCUCUUGGAGCAAUGGCCUCGGAAAAUCACGCACUCGUUGAUAACUGGGACGACGCAGAAGGCUACUACCGUGUACGUAUUGGGGAAGUUUUGGACAAGCGCUACGCUGUCUACGGCUACACCGGUCAUGGAGUCUUCUCCAACGUAGUACGUGCGCGGGACGGUGCCCGUGGUAACCUUGAGGUAGCGGUCAAAAUAAUCCGGAAUAACGAAGUCAUGCACAAAUCAGGUUUAAAGGAGUUAGAAGUACUGAAAAAGCUCAACGAUGCCGAUCCACACGAUCGUUACCAUUGUCUUCGGUUGUAUCGCCACUUCUUUCACAAAAAUCAUCUUUGCAUGGUUUUUGAGUUGAUGAGUCUGAACCUUCGCGAAGUGCUCAAAAAGUAUGGGCGCAAUAUCGGUUUGCAUAUUGCGGCGAUACGCUCGUACACGCAACAGCUAUUGCUGGCCCUUAAAUUGAUGCGCAAAUGUGGCAUCCUCCACGCUGACAUCAAACCGGACAACAUUCUAGUCAACGAAAACAAAAUUUUGCUCAAAUUAUCUGACUUUGGUUCGGCCUCUACUAUCCAGGAUAACGACAUUACUCCGUAUCUUGUCUCACGCUUCUAUCGCGCACCGGAAAUCAGUAAGUUCAGUAACUCUGUUUUUGAGCUAAUUGUGUUCUCCAUUUAAAUAUUGUUUUUUUUGCACUACUUUGAAGUUGAUUUCACUGACUCUCCCUUUUACCAUCUUCAUCUCACGCAUGGUGACGCUUCGCGUGACGUCAGCAGCAUUAACUGACUGCGUCCGAAAGUGAGAACUCACCAGCUUCACCUCCACCGCCGUGCGUGGUCGCACUGCCGGCUGUUCUCAAAGGAUCGCUGUUUGCGCUCAAGUGGUGUGCGUGUUUCGGUCGCCACAAGCUAUGGUAAUCUUGCUUAUACACACCUUGCCAUUCUUCUUUUGUCAUUUUCGAUCUUCCUCGAACUAUUCAUGUUGUGUUGCCACAUCUUCGUAGUGUUACUUUGUUUUCUCAACUAUUUUGAAACCAAGUCGCUGCAUUCUUGACCGGGAAACAUCAUUCCACGAUGUCUUUGGAUCUUCGCUAUAUGUUUGUUUCACCUCGGAUGUUGUCACGAAUACUGUCCGCUGGACGACAAAUAUCACAGUUGCUGUCGAUCUUUUUACGUUUUCUCCUACUGGCUUUUGCAUCCGAAAGCGGCUUGCUCGUUCAGCACCGAGGUUUUAUCGGGUUCAGCAGUCUAAGCUAAUCUUUCUUGAAAUCAGGCUAGGUACCCCGUUUCUCCACCUUGUAACUUAUAUUUCAUUUAUCUCUUCAUAUAUCGAGAAAGUUCCCUAGACUACUUGUAUCACACCUUGGUAUCGGGCUUUUACUCGGUUCUAUUAUCUACUAUGGGUUUGUCCCGCCUCAGAAGACCCCGGUCAAAUAGUGCGAACUAAACACCAAGGUGAGCCAGUCAUCCAUUUGUACGUAGCGUAACAGUAUCUGGGAGCGGCUUCCCGGAGCAACCGACAGUUAUUUUGCUCCUAAGUGCCUGGGUCGUGCAUGUAUACUGCGUGUGGGAAACCGAACGCUUCGUUGCUAACAAGUCGUUGGUCUGCGAGUAUCCGUUUGACCGGAUUGCAUUGUGUCCGCGCCUAGUCACGUACAACGGCGCUAUCUGUGGUUUGGAUAUUUGUUUCCAUUUGGGCAAGACGGGUUGUAACCCCAGGAGCUCGUCAAAAAGUCUCCCACUCUUUCACUGUUGUUGCGAGCAGUUCAGAUUUCGAUACUUAUCUGCACAGUGCUUCUGAUAUUUAUUUCUAUUCACAAAUCCAAGUACCCUCCUGCUAUCAUUCUUUCCGUUUCCCAACUUUUCAAUCGGUUUACCACUCUCGCACACAAGUCUUUCGUAUUCUAGUCAACUUUACUUGUGUCAUAGAAACAUCAUGUUACUUUUAUUCCAUCUCUGUUUGCCACUCUCCUUGAGACUAUUUAAUACCCUUGCCGACAUGGUUCACUCCCCCAACCCAGUUUUAGGUGUCCCAUAUGAUCACAGCAUAGAUUUGUGGUCUACCGCCGUGACUCUCUUCGAGUUGCAUACUGGGCAUAUUCUGUUUCCCGGGAAAAGCAACAAUGAAAUGCUACGGUUGAUGAUGGAAGUCAAGGGGCGUGUACCAAAUCGGGUGAUUCGUCGUGGGAUGUUUCGUUCACAGCACUUUGAUGACCAAUGCAACUUUUUGUACCACGAAGUAGACAAGGUGACACAGAAGGAGAAAGUGACCGUCAUUCGAAAUCUUCAACCAACUCGGGAUCUUAUGGCUGAAUUGACCAGUGACAUGAAACUCAACGAUCCGACUCUGCGCAAGGUGACCCAAUUUCGAGAUCUCUUGGACAAAAUUUUGGCUUUGGAUCCGACACGCAGAAUACCAUUGAACGAAGCGUUACAGCAUCCGUUUAUCACCGAACGCAUGUCGGUUGAAACACCCUCCACCCAGUCCUCUUGAGAUGGGACCCGACUACAACCGACACUUGUAACAUAGUGUACAAAGACUGCCCUUUGACUUUAUUUCGAUAAACCCAUAAUUUGUACUCUCUUCCGUUUUCCUACCGGGUUAUCCGCUAUAUUUACACCGCAGGGCACAGAAACAUCCAAUGGCGAAUGAUUCACCAUAUUGUUAGGAAAUCUUGCAAAUUGUGAUCCUCCAAUACGCACUUCGUUUUGAUUGAGGUUCUGUGCUAUUUUCUUCCAACUCACCACUCCCACUUACUCACGUGAAACAAUAUCGC